AAAACAGUUGUGGUAUUAAGGUAAAACUAAAUAUUUUCUAAUCUUGACUGUUUAUAAAAUAUAUUGUAAUAAGUGAGCUACAAGUUUUAAACUAUUUCAAAAGCGCAUAUGAAAUUAAUUUAUGGAAUACGUAUGCUAUCUAUAGAGAUUAUGAUAGAGAUGUAUGGAGUAGAGACCAUUGAAAUGGAGGAAAAUAGAAGAUAAUCAUGAAAUCACAGAUUAAUGAGCAAGAAGAGUGAAGAGCGAUUCAUCCAUGAUCAUCCAUGAUUCAUCUAUGACAAUUCAUAUUUGCAUGAUGUACGUUUGAUUAAGACAUGUUUUUGAUGAGAGGGGCAAAGGAUCUUAUGAGUUGUUACAUCAAAAAAGUUAGAAAUGAGCACAGAAACAUUUAGGAUAAAAUUUCUAACCUCCAAAAAUUGUUUUUGUUGUUUAUCUACUAGAAAUUUAAGUAAAUAUCCUUUACGGAGCUGUGUUAAAGUGUUUCUUAAUAAUAGUGAUGUGCUAUAUUUUUCUAUUGGCCCCAGCAAUUUUCAAUUAGAAGACGAUGAGUUGGGAAUAAGUUCCUUAUAUGCAAAUGUGCUUAAUCUGAGAGAAAAUGAUUUAGUAGAAAUGUGCAUAGUAAAUAACGUUUCUGCUGUAAAAUCGUUGACAUUGUCAGCUACAUGUGCUGAUGACUAUGAAGUUUUGGAAUUAUUAGCAGAGAGUGUACAAAAUACUCUUUUAAAUCACGUCACAGUAGUUAAUAAAAAUCAAAAGGUUAUCAUAUGGGUUUCUCCUUUUUUACAUGUUAAUGUUAAUAUUGAUGAAGUGCGUCCUACCUCUCCUGGUCAUUUAGAAAAUCUUACAGAAGUUAUUAUAAAACCACCAACUAAAGUUAAAACUGAUAUUACAGAACAUAAUAAUAUGUCUGUGUUUGAUAUGUUCCAGAGUAGGGUUCCUUUAACAAAUUCAGAAUAUGUUUUUAAUAAGUUUAGUAAAGAAAUAGAGCCCCAGGUUUUUAGAUUGCAUCCUUUAGACGAUCUGAAAAAAGUUUUUGGUGAAAUCCCUAAUUCUGACCAGUACUUCAAUGUUUUUAUUAGACAAAAAGAUUUAUCAGGGUUACUAAGAAAAACUGCAAGUGGUAAAGUGGACAAGUUAUUUCUUUUAAAAGUAAUUGUACCACCUUAUGUUUCUGUCCAGGGUUUCAUUGCUGAAAAUUUGCAAGUAGAGACUGUGAGGGUUCAAUUAAUAGUAAUACAGGAUUUUUUUAAAACAGAAAUUGAUUUCGAGUCUUGUGAUUUCUCAGUAAUGUUUUGUCACCAAAGUUUAUUUAAAAAUUUUAAGUUAAAAGUAGGUUCAAAAGUGAUAUUAUAUAGCCAAUUACGUGAUACAUCUUCUGUAGAUAGCAUUAUUAUUCUUACAAAAUCAGUUUAUUUGAAUGAUGUGGAGGAAAUGCUUAAAUAUUACCUGGCAAAAAACUGCAAACAAGGACCCGUGCUUUUAAACGCAGACUUCCCUUUUCAAUUGGAUGACAAAAAUAUGGUUUGUGCUUUAAAAUUUGAACCAUCGUCCAAAAGUUAUUGUAUUCUGGAUAGUGAUAAUAUAAGAAAAAUAAAAUAUACUGUUGUUGAGAAAGAAGUAGAAAUUAUAAGAAAUGAAUCAGAAGAACAAUUCAUUACGUUUAAUGAGUUAGAUGUUUGCACAGAAGUUGGAAAUUAUCGCCAAAUCUUUGAAAAUGUUUGUAAUAUACUACAAAAAAGUUUAAACCGUAAUUCCUACGAACUUGAAGGCAUUGUUAUAUCUGGAAAAUCUGGUUCUGGCAAAACAACUCUUCUUAAUUUAAUAAAAAACAAGUUGUCUGAUUCUCCGUUUCGAUUACAUUUUGAAAUCGUAAAUUGUGGUACCCUCAAAGGAAAAACUCUGGAUUCCUUAUCACGUAUGUUGUACUGUAAUAUAGUAAGAGCAAUAUACUUUCAACCAUCAGUCAUCCUUCUUGAUGAUCUGAACGCUAUUUGUGGCAAAGUUGAACGAGAAAUACAAACGCAAGAAUCGGUUGUUGUUAAUAGAUCUAGUGAAAUUGUUAGGGAUUUGUUAAACAUUUAUUUAACGCAUAAUCAGAUUCAAGUAAUUGCAACAUGUGAAAAUAUUACUCAAAUAAAUGAGUACAUCCUGCCUGCUAGAGGAAAAAGAGUUUUGUGGCAUCCAUUUAAAAUAGAAGAUCUGAAUCAGAGUGAUAGGCUCUCUCUCCUGCGUUUCUUAUUUUCAAACAAAACUAACUUAGACGUGGUCGAUUUGGAAAAAUAUACGUCUCAAAUGGACGGUUUUGUAGUUCAGGAUCUGGUGGAUUUUACAAAUAAAGCAAUUUUUGAGUCUAUUAAAGAAGGAUGUUCGCAAGUAUCUUCAAUUCAUUGUGAUAAUGUUUUUUCCAAUUUUUCUCCGGUUUCUUUACAAAAUAUUAAUACCCAUAGUUUUGGAGAUAAAGACUUUUCUGAUGUGGGUGGUUUAGAAGAUGUUAAAACAAUUCUCAUAGAAAGUCUUCUGUGGCCUUUACAGUAUCCUCAUUUGUUUGCCUCUGCUCCCCUUCGUCUUCAGACUGGAGUACUGCUAUAUGGGCCUCCUGGUACAGGAAAGACUUUGGUAGCUGGAGCUGCAGCCAAACAUUGCAAUUUAAGAUUAAUAGCGAUAAAAGGUCCAGAAUUACUUUCAAAAUACAUUGGAGCUUCUGAACAAGCUGUAAGACAAAUUUUCGAAAAAGCUCAAAGUGCCAAACCUUGUAUCCUAUUUUUUGAUGAGUUUGAUAGUUUUGCUCCAAGAAGAGGUCACGAUAGUACAGGUGUAACAGAUCGAGUUGUUAAUCAACUGCUAACACAGUUAGAUGGCGUUGAAAGUCUGAGUGGAGUUUGUGUUUUGGCUGCUACUUCUAGACCCGAUCUUUUGGAUCCCGCGCUUCUUCGACCGGGUCGGUUAGACAAACAAAUUUUUUGUCCGUUUCCAGAUUCAGCAGCAAGAUUAGCAAUUUUAAAAGCUCUUUCAAAAUCUGUAAAAUUUGCUAACAACGUAAACCUAUCAGAAAUUGCUAAUUUAGCAGAAAACUAUUCAGGAGCUGAUCUGCAGGGCGUUUUAUGUACAGCACAUCUAGCAGCUGUCGAAGAAGCCAUGGGACACGAUAAGGAAUUGAAAGAAGAUCCUGAAAUAACUCAAGAACAUUUAAAGGAUGCCAUUGUGAACUCUCGACCAUCUUUAUCAAGAGAUGAAAGAGCUAAAUAUGAGAGAAUUUAUAAAAAAUUUGAAGGCUCACCAAAUAAGCUUGAUUUACUUGGUGCAGUACAAAAGGCAACUUUAGCCUAAAAUAGAUUGUAGUAAAGGGAAUUACAUGUUUUUAUUUGUACUAAUAAUACAUGUUGUAUAUUGUAUAGGAUAAUAUUUUAAUGUACAAUUUACUGCACGGAAA